GAAGUGUAGAGAGGAACUUCUGGGCAUCCCUAGAAAUGUAUUGGAGAACUGAGAGGGCACAGCCAGGUCUUGAGCAAGCAGCAGCUCCCUGUUCUUGCUUUGCAAUGGAUGUCACCAUCUUGACAGGGAUCCUGGACUCCAUUCUGCUCCAUCCCAUGGGCAUGUCCCCCUGUGUAGACUGUGUCACCCAGUGUUGUGGAUAUAGAGAUCUGGCAUGAAGAACUUCCAUGGCUCUCAUGGUUAUCCCGGUGUUUGGACUCGUGAUAUUCAGAAGCAGAGGAUCUGGUCACAUCAUGUGUUUUUAAUGGAGCAGAGGAUCUGGGCACAGGAUGGGCCACCACCCCAGCCUUCCAUCUGGGCAGUUCCAGGAGCUGUGAUUUCCACAGGCAGUGAUGUGAGCAUCUUCUGCAGGACCCCUCCAGGGGUGACCACAGUGCGUCUAUACCAUUAUGGACCUUAUGGAAGAUGGUCUGAUCGUACCCCGGAGGGAGCCCAGGAGGUGUUUGAAUUCAGUCUGCAGAGGAUGACACUCAGUAAUGCGGGAGAUUACUACUGUGAAUACACCAAGGAAGGUCAAUGGUCACAGAGUGACAGACUGGAGCUGGUGGUGACAGGUGUUUACAAGGAGAAACCAUCCCUUACUGUGGAUUCAGGACCUCAGGGAUUCUCAGAAAGAAAUGUGACUCUUCUCUGUUGCACACAUCCUUCAUUUGACAUCUUCAUCCUCUGCAGAGGCGGAAAUGCUUCCUUACCCCAGAACUGUUCACGCCAGCACCACAACACUUUCCUCAUCUCCCCUGUGAGCCUGGGGCACAGGAGGAGCUACAGAUGCUUUGGCUCUUACAAACGCAGUUCCUACUCGUGGUCCCUGCCUAGUGAUCCCCUGGAACUCCCAAUCACAGAGUCUCGUACUUCAGAUUACAGAUUAGAAAAUUGUAUCCGGCUUAUCCUGGCUAUCAUCAUCCUGUUAGGUAUUGGGGUUCUAUUGCUGGAUGCUUGGAAGAGCAGAAGAGAGCCCAUGAGGCCUUCAGAGAGUCCUAAGUGGAGAGCCUAGCUAUCCCUUUCUACACCUCAACAAAGUGCUGGCAAUAAAGACUCUAAAGGAGACGUGAUGUCUCUUCAGUGUA